AUGAACAUCCAGACAGCCCUUGGAUCAAAUGCCACCAGGGCCCUCACCCUCUUCAACCGCCAGAAAAUCGACGCGACCAUCCAUGAGGUUACCGCCUUGAUUUCAGAAAUGAAGGAUGGCACGGAUAAGCUACGAGACGAGCAUGACAAGGCCGACAUUGCUGGAUACACGCCUGAGAACGUGACGCUUUUGGGCGACUGGGUCGAAAAAUGCCAGGCUCUUCGCGACGAGGUCAAUAACAAAACCGAGCAAGCCCAAUGUGCUCUCGAUUCCGCGGAACGAUUAGACGCCGUCCAGGCAGAUCUGCAAGGUCUCCCUUCUCUCCAACCCCUCGCGAGCAAUGCCCGUGAAAGGGCAAAGGUUGUCUUUGCGUGGCUUCUUGAAAAUAUCCCGGAGUUCUUCCACCUCGUUCGAGCCCUGGGUACUGAUGUAUCCCCCGAAAUCAAGGCCGCCGUCCAGCAGGCCGCUGACACCAUCCGAUGCGAUCCCAACAGCCAGUUGGCCCUCCCCCGUCAGGCGUCUCCGGAGUCGCAGUCCAGUCAAGCCGCGCUCAACGAAGAGGUCGAAAAGCUCAAGGGAAUGGUCCAGGAGUUGGAGUUGGAGGCUAGGCUCAACGAAGGCACACACCAGCUCAUGUCGCACGAGCGGGAUGCCAAACGGAAGGAGUGCAUUGAUUUGAAAGCUGACGUGGCCAAUAUCACGUCUCACCGAGCCGCAUCUGAAGACCGCGAGGCGAAUCUCCACGAUCAAAUCAAGCACCAGGGACGACAGCUCGCUCGCUACCGCUCGAUGGAAGCAAACGAAGAUCUCUUGGCAGAGCUUCGGCAGGAGAACAAAGUAUUGAGGGAAUGCAAAACUGACCAAGAAGAUAAAGUCGCCGGCCUCGAGAAACAGAACGCGGCUUUGGACACUGCGAGGAUCAACCUAGAAAAGGAGAGGGAUGGCCUGCUCCUGCAAGCCAAUUCUUUGAGUUCCGAGACUCAACGACUCCACGAGACCGCCUCUCACCAGGCCCGAGCAUCGGACAUGCUUAUUCGUCUCGUCUCCGCCGAACACAAGGAGGAAUCCGAAAUUUGGGGAAUGAUGGUUGACCGAGUUUCCCAAAACCCCACGAUGGCGACCCAGUUGAAAAUUCGCCCUUGGAAGAUUCUGCCUUCAUGGUCUACCGAUCUGGUACUAGCAGUUGAGUCUGAUGGCCAUUCAAUUUAUGCCACCAUCACAGACAUCAUAGCCAUCCUCCAGCCAGGAUGCAGCGUCACCUUUCUUCUGCGUCGCCUGAACGCCCUACAGGAGGCCUUGAAGGCUCACCAGCUUUUUGUCGCCGUUCUCGAGAUGGUAAUUGGGCGUUUCGCAGACUCCAUGGCGGAUCCUCGUCUACACGCAAUGCACCGCCCGGCCAUGUGCCAGAUCGCAGCUGUUGUGUACCCGGCAAACGACGACCGGCUGGUUGCUGUAGAGCAAGCCGCUCUCGCAGUUGAUCCUCGAAUUGCAAGCCUGAGCCAUACGCUACGUGCUUGGAACGGAAUCUCACCUUUCCCGCUGGACAAGUGCUUGGAGUACCCGGAUCAAGGACUUGUCCUUGUUGGCUUCGGCAACGGCCGCAGUAUUCUAGCGGUUGACGUCCAGAAACAUGGGUUGUUUUGGGUGGACGAAGUCAUCAAUAACCUCAGAGAAGCCCAUUGCCAGUCUGCUACGGGGCAAAAAUUGUCGUUUCCGAUUGGUGACCCCGACACACUUCGGUGGUUCAUCCGUCACACAAAAAUAGAGUAUAAGCCGCAGUAA